AUGUGUUUCGUGACGCUUUACGCUUUACGUAGGUAUGUUCUCGUCUUUUUCGACGAUAUCUUAAUAUACAGUUCAAACAGGGAUCAACAUUAUCACCAUUCAAAUGCGGUGUUUCAAACCUUAGCCACAAACAAACUGUUUGCAAAAUAUUCGAAGUGCAUUUUUGGUGUAGACUCGGUCUCCUAUCUGGGCCAUAUCAUUUCACCUAAAGGUGUCGAGGCUGAUCCAGACAAGUUACAAGCAAUCCAAUCUUGGUCUGAACCAUCAUCUCUCACCACUCUCAGAGGUUUCCUUGGGUUAAUCGGUUAUUACCGGCGUUUUGUCCGGGACUAUGCUCUAAUUGCCGCACCCCUUACUGAUUUGCUCAAACAUACAGUCUUUAAAUGGACACAUGUUGCAUCUCGUGCUUUUGAACAGCUUAAAAGCUCUAUGGUAUCUCUUAUUACCCUCACUCUACCAAAUUUUAAUAGACCCUUUGAGGUCACCACUGAUGCAUCGAAUGUGGCGAUUGGUGAGGUCUUAUCACAAGAGGAUAAACCCAUUGCUUUUUAG